GCUCAGGAUGGGGAACCAUGCAGGGAAGCGGGACUUCGGUGCCGAGAAGGGCAAUAAGGACAGUGAAACUAACAGAGAAUAUGAAAAGAAGAGAAACACUCGUGACCUUUCCCGGGAGAUCUCGGAAGACAGUGAUGUGUUUGGAGCGGCAGAUGUGGUCCCGAACAAUGGGGCCCCCCCGCAGGGCGCGGCGGUGACAGACUCCAGGCGCACAGCGGACCCGAAGAAUGCCUGGCCCGAGGCCAGCCCAGCUGACCCGGGGGGCCGCCCCCACCUGGCCCGCCUCUUUUCCCGAGACGCCCCGGGCCGGGAGGACAACACCUUCAAAGAGCGGCCCUCGGAAUCGGACGGGCUCCAGACCAUCCAGGAGGACAGCGCGGCCGCUCCCGGGGCGCUGGACGCGAUGGCGGCCCGCAAGAGACCCUCCCAGAGAUCCAAGCCCCUGGCCUCGGCGAGCACCGUGGACCCCGCCAGGCUCGGCUUCCUCCCCAGACACCGAGACCCGGGCCUCCUCGACUCCCUCGGCCGCUUCUUUGGCUCGGACAGGGGUGCGCCCAAGCGGGGCUCAGGCAAGGUCCCGUGGCUCAAGCAGAGCAAGAGCCCCCUGGGCCCCCAUGCCCGCAGCCCACCCGGGCUGUGCAACAUGUACCAGGAUGGACACCACGCGGCCAGAACCACCCACUAUGGCUCCCUGCCCCAGAAGGCGCAGCACGGCCGGCCCCAAGAUGAAAACCCCGUAGUGCACUUCUUCAAGAACAUCGUGACACCUCGCACACCUCCCCCAUCGCAAGGAAAGGGGCGAGGACUGUCCCUCAGCAGAUUUAGCUGGGGGGCUGAGGGCCAGAAGCCAGGAUUCGGCUACGGAGGCAGAGCAUCUGACUACAAAUCGGCUCACAAGGGACUCAAGGGGCAUGACGCCCAGGGCACGCUUUCCAGAAUCUUCAAGCUGGGAGGACGAGACAGCCGUUCAGGGUCCCCGAUGGCAAGACGCUGAAGCCCAGCUCCCCUCCCGGAACCCCGUCCCCAGCUUCUUAAUACAACCGCCUCGACACUAACCAUUGUCUAAAUUCCCUAGUGCAGCCAGCGACCCCCCAACCCUGCCCAUACGCACGUCCUGCGGGCUCCUGGCCAGUGGCUCAAUGGAGAAGACGGUGCAGCUGUCAGCUCACCCUUGGAGAUCAGCGAGGUCCCCGAGGGUCCAGGGUGGGCGACCCUCCACGCCCACCCUCUGCCCUGGGACGGCCGUGGGAGCGGCCCUGGGGACCCUGCUGCCGGGCCCCCACGCAGGAUGUGGAGACCGACCUUGGCUCUGAGCUUCCUUUGGUUUCUUUCCCGCCUCCUCUCACCUCUUAAAGCACUUCCUUUCCUAACCGAUCACAGUGGAGCGGCUUCGCGGCGGGAGCUUUGGUACGUGGCAGGCGGGCGGGCAGCUGGGAGUGUCCCGUGUGGUGGCCACGGCUCACACCCCGGAGGAGCCGGAUUGGCGCGUGCGGAGAAGGGACGGGGGGGGCGAACUCGGCCGGGCCUCGGGGGGGUCCCGCAACGGCGCAGGCGCGCGGGGACCGCAGCGGCGCCCCCGACAACCUGCUUCCUGCGGAGCCCGGCCGGAGGGCGGAGGCGGCGCAGCUCAGAGCGGUGGCAGGACGUUCCGGGAGCCUCGCGGUGGCCGCGGCCAUCGCGAGCGCGAAGGUGACAGGUGGCGUGCUCGGCACGGCGGUGCGCACAGCGAACACUAACCCUUGGGGAGAGAUAACCAGCCCACCCGCUUCCUCCCAGAAACCCGCUGACCAGCACACUGGCUUUUCCCGAAUCGCUGCCGGACUGGGUGCAGGCCCCAGUGAGGAUGGGGAGGGGUCCUCUAUCCCACUCUUUUCUAACCCCAGCUGAUAUCUCCCAUGCUUCCCGCAUAACCUACUGAUUCCCACCUUUUGAUUUCAGCCUCUCUCCCACCAGACCCCCACGAAGUCCCCACACUGGCGUCACAACCCCCCUUAGGAUGAAAAUGAGGCAUAGUCAAUGUAACGCCCAAACGUGGCUCUUUAAUCCCCUUCUAAUUCUGAAUAUUUUGCGUGGGUUUACUAUAAUGUCUAUUAAUACGUAGCCUCAAUGAUGAGAGGAAAAGAAAAAAAAAAAUUUCAGAAACAAAAUCUCCAAAUUGCUCGACACACACACUGCGUCUUUGAGCUGGUUGUGACUGAGUGACCUCCAUUCGUGGCCACACCCAACAAUGAGAGCUGUGACCACAGGUCUCAAGGAAAGUAUGCGCUGUUCUUGAGUAUUGAAAUAAAGUAAUACACUUUUAAUGGUAUCUGCA